AUGGUUCCAUUCGCGCUGGUAUUGCUUGUCUUGCGGAUCGCGGUCAUCUUUCCUCCUGGAACAUUGGUCAUCGCUCUUGCAGACUACGAGGGCAGCAGAGUUUACAAGGUCAAGGUCGCGAACUACUCUCAACCGCCAGCAUACCUGACCUUUUCAAAUGCCACCUGGCACACUGGGGCCGAGGGUAUUGCUACGGAAAGUGGAAUUUGGCAGACGCUCUUGGCCUCGAGCACGACCUCGAUGACGAUUGACUUCGACACCGAUCCAUUAAGUAUUCCACUGCGAUUAUACUUGUCGUCACCAUGUGGUCCAGACUGCAGCUAUGAAGUUCAAGCAGCUCUCCCUUCGGCCCAAUGUGAGCCUGGGCUUAGUCUAGAUCCCGUGCGGCACAUGUAUCAGACUGAUAAUGUCUACGGCAUGGACUACGAGUCGUUCUCUUCGCUCAACUUCAGCUACAUGGCAGUUUCACACGUCAAGAGAGAGAAUAUUAAUGGCCAGACGACAUAUACGCUCAGGUUUGAUGUAUCAUUCAGCGGCAGUGACCGGCUGAACUACACAUGCCGUAUCUUCUCCAACCACGCGCAAUUGCGGCUUUCAUGGAGUCCAUACGGCAAUUCGAUCGAGGUUCUCUCCAGAUCCAGCGAGAUAUUCAAUGCGUCAAUACUAAUCGAUCCCCUUUACGCAACACAAUACGUCCAAGCAGGGAGUAAAAGUGCCACGCCGCCUGGAGCAUCUUCGUUUCCGACAAAUUUUGACUGCCUGGCCCAUUCAUGGAGUUGCGAAGAAUUAUCCGCGUUUUCGGAUUACUUGCAAAUGCUCCAGCCCUCCUCAGGAUGGGUGAGCGCGAAUCCCAAUGCGACCAUGGUGUUGCCCAUAGGUACCUGCGAGGACCCAGUGCUCCUUCCUUUUCUCGCCGAUAUUAGACAAACCGAAAAGAUCUUCUGGAACGCCAGCGUCCAGCAAUUCAUGAACACCACUCUCGCAUCGCAAUCCUUGGUCAACACGACAACCGUGACUCACGCCAACACGUAUCAGUUCGAGAAGCGCUUGAACUUCUAUUUGCCCUACGGGAUGAGUCUCGGGGUCUCCGCUGCCCUCUUGGGGCUCUCGAUCUUCUUUCUCCGCGACAACGGCUUCGGCGGCGGCACGGGUUUUCUUCACAUCCUGUGCAAUACUGCGAGCCUGAACUCUCGCAUAAGAGCCUUGGCCCUGCAAAGCGCUGGUCGCGACGCAGCCGCUCGACCUGAGGAGCUUCUCGAGGAAAGAGUCAAGUUCGGCAUUGUGCACUGUGAGGGCGGAGAGAGAAAGAUUGGCCUGGGCGCAGAGGAAGACAUUAAUAUCUGA